GUCUUCGGCCCGAGCUGUAUGAGGCAAAAACUCGUCCCACGUACGGUUCGGAGGCCGAGCCCCACCCCAGCAGUAAGGGUGCGGCUUAGGUCAACUAACACAAAAAAGAUACAGUUCACUCAACGAUUGCCUUUGGGUUCCGAACUCCAUAUGGGGAAGGAGCGUUGUUGUUUGCGAGGUCUUGAUCAUUUACAUGGACCCACUUUUCAUUCCAUUUGUGGGAAUUUGAUGAUCUAUAAACCGUCCCUAACGAGCGAUCGGCUCAUGUUUGAGCAUGAUCAAUCACUUCGUGCCGACCUGUUGCCAAUCCACUUUCCGGCCUCAUAUGAGAAUGGAAAACUGGAGCAUUUUAUCCAUCGGUGGAUGAAGAAUCGCGAACAUAAUAAUUUCUGGUUGACCAUGUUCCCAGAAAAAAGAUACUUUCGAGAAAGGACGAGCACGACUGAAGUGGCUAUACAUACAAAUCUAUUUACGGAUCUAUAUGCUUCGAUUGGAACUGGAAGUUCCAGAACAGGUGGCUGGUAUACCACAAUAAUAAAACUUCCUUUUCUUUUUUUUAUUCGGAUCGGAUUUAUGUUGGCUUCGUUGGGAGGCUCGCGUAGUUUGUUACGUCAGCUCCAAAAGGAUAAGUUGCGUUGGAAUUGAUAAAGUUCCGUGGAGUUCAUAAUUGCAUAAAAGGAGUCAAAGUAGUGGCUGCGGCGCGUUGAGGCACUUCUUCGACGGUCCCCGUACGCCCGGCCUGCCGGCCCGCUCUGAAGAAUUCAUGAUUUAUAUAUGUUUCAGGCCGGUGAGAGGGAGUGCGGAAUAAGGAUUGAUUUCACUGUAUCCAUCGUAGCCCACCCCAUCUACCUAUUGUCGGAGGUCAAUUGUUGCUCCCUCUCUCGAGAUUGCAAUCCCUAUCGAGUCGGGAAGGAAUGAGUAAUGGGUCGGGGAAUCGGGCAUCGGCCCUCUUGGAUCCGGUAGGAGCAGGAGUAGGUAAGUUAGUAUCGAUCCGGUGAAGAAAAGAGAAUUUCGUUGAUAGAGACGUUAGAUCUGGAGGAAGCAUCUGGUCACAUAUCCCAAAACCUUCACGGGAAAGGAACGGACUCACUCGCCCUACUUCUAAAGAUAGAUAGAAAAGGUUAGGGAGUCCCAGCUGCUGAGGUGGCGUAGUGAGAGGUGAGAGCAAUAACAACAAAAGCAGCGGAAGAUCCUGCAGUAGUAUAUUCGGUUGUUUGCGGUGGAAUAGAUUCAAGCGUCCGGGCCAGUAGAUCCACAGCAAAUAGGCGUUGACUUAGUUGCUUUUGCAGUUUAUUUGUUUCCCGAUGUUGAUCCGACGCAACUUACCGGUGAUAGUCGCAGCACCAGGAGCUUUCAAGGGAGGGGGCCAGGAUCUCUAGUUCUGUUCUGGAAUCAAAACCAAAAAUGUAACUAAAUAGGCAGCGAGCCGUUCAGAUGAGACCCGAAGACCAGGAAGAAUAAAUAAGCAAAGGGAGGGGCUUCUUCCUUCAACAGAGGUAAUGCUUAUUCUUCUCCUUCCUGGUACUCUUGAAUAAGGCAAGGCUUUUCCCUAUUCCCUAUCAAAAGCACUUUCCGUAGAAAAAUGAAUUCGUCUCAAAUCAAAAGAAGAAGACUCCGCACCUUCAACUAAUUCAAGCAAUUCAGUCAGUAGGAAAGUCAUAUCACUGAACAUUGGAUUAUAUACAACCUCGUGAACAUUACAACCAAUCAAUCGAGAGUCUUCUAUACAUUUAGAAACUUUCUAUUUAUUCCCGAACGCACAAGAAAAGGUAGAACCUUUGGGAGGUACUUUCGUUCUACUUUACUAUAGCAGUUUUAGAUCUGCCGCUCGCUCUCUUGCAAGUGCUCGUCUAGCUCCCUCUCCUUGAUCUCUUCUUUUUCUUUUUAGCCGGAUUUGGCCUUCCCUUCGAUCAAUCCUACGUUUUUCUUUUUUUCCCACGAUAGCGAUAUUCCUUUGCUACUUCUUUCCUCGGCUAAUGGAAAAAAAUCCUUCUUUUUACCCUGCCUGGCGCCAUCCAUCUCCAAAUAGUAAAUGCGCUGCUGAGCUCAGAUGUCCGCUCGUCUGGCAAGUUGGCAGCAAGCACUUCCUCCCCUCUUUGUGUGGAAAAGCUUCUGAAAGCCUAUUAGUUAGUAUUAGUAAAAAACCUAGUUAAGGGGUCCGUAGUUGUCGCAAUCGCUCAUUGGUCUUCACCUCAAGUGCUUUCUUCAAUGAGUCCAAGUCUGCCUUCGCGGAUAAGAAAUCAAGGACUUGUCGGUAGAUCAGCUAGCUCGCGCUCUAGUCUUUCAUUGAUCUUUUCUGCCCCUCGCUCUAUGAGGAUGCGCGCCUAUCCAGAACGUGCAAAGUAAAAUAGCGGUAGAUCAACUGGGUAUAGAUCGACACAUAGGCUGCUGGCAGAGUGGGGGGCAGAAUCACACAGCAAGAAAGCUUCCUGUCAAUCCAAAAAUGUUCGAAAGAGAAUUAGAUCUAAUCUCGUCAAGUGGGCUUAUUCUAUUUCUGAAGUUAGAUUGAAGAUUGAGAAAGCCGGCCAGUAGUGCCUUUAGCGAAUGCGUUCACGAGGCCGGUCCCCGGUGGCUAAGAAGCUUGAUCACUUUGUUGAAUAAAGCAAGUUGACGUGAUGAUCGAAUCUGGGUGAAGUGUCGCUACUUGGCCCAGCGUUAUCGAGAAAAGGUUUUGUUUCCUUAGUCUUUCUUGUGCACUUUUUUUAGUCUACUUAGUCUAUCUGAGUGGGCUUGGUUGGCAGGGUCAGGGUCUUUCGCAUUCUUAUCUAAAAAAGAGUAAGAGGGCGGUUCCCUCAAUUGUGGCAUCGCCUUCAUCAUCCCUCGGACAGGUUGAUGAGCUUUUGGACAAUUCGAUAUGAGCGAACUCCAGAAGCAUCAGACCGUCUGUAAUGGCUCGUCCCUAGUGCCUUUGAACGAACUGAAAGGCCUCUCUUCAACUCCCUCUGAGGUUUGAACUGCCAACCAACUCUUUCGACUGCGAGUCAUCAAAAGAAUGAAUGACCACUAGAGGGGGAAAGCGAUAGAAAUUGGUUCCCUACGACGUCUUCUGUCUUCGCGCUUUCUAAAAACCACCCUAGCCUUCCACGCAAGCUGUAGUACCCCCGGGAAUCUUUUCAAACCUUAGUCAGGGCUACUUGAAGAUCCUUUCAUCUCUUCUUUCUUUGUGUUGAGAGAGAGUCGCCAAAAGGCUCAUUCCAGGAGUGAAAGAGAACCUGGCUUGCUUAGCAACCAAAGCUAGCUUACUAAGGAAAAACCUGUUAAUGGGAGACCCUUCUUUGCCGGGCCGGGUACUUCUCCUUUAUCCCUUGCCUUGCUUUUUUGCUCGGCCACUCUCUGUUCUUAAGUAAGGGUUCCCCUCUCUCAAAAAAAAGAAUAUGUUAAUCGUUACCGAUACCAGGCAGAGUUGCUUUUCCUUGCUCCAGAGGAGAUUGGUAUUGGUAGAGUCGCAUUCAACCCCGUCUUU